AUGUCGGCCGAGGGAAUCAAAAGCGAUGAAAUAGGCGUUGUCGGCGGCGGUAUGGCCGAGCCCGCCGGCGGCGAGAGGCGGCAUGUCCCACUAUAUGGGAGGCUGGUGGCCGAGGAGCAGUUGGCGUCGAUGAGUGCGCCUUCCGACAUUCAGGUGAGCGCUAGAGCGCGCAACACCCGAGCUUUCUGCCGCUACCGUUACCCCCCCCAGGCUAUGCAAGCGCGGAUACCGCAUCACUUUCGGGAUCCGUCGACAGCGCCGCUAAGGAAGCUUAGCGUGGACCUUAUCAAGACGUACAAACACAUCAAUGAGGAUGUUGAGGAUGAUGAUGUUGAUGAU